GCACCGGCCAGUAUCCAGGCAGAACUGAUACGGGCUGGCCAAUCAGGGAAAAAGAAAAGGCGAAUCUGCCUCCCGCCCGGGAGCUACUUUCUUUUUCUCUUUUAUUUUGAGACCGAAAGUGGAGGAGAUUCGUGGCGGGGCAGAAACGCGGCCGGGAUUUUGCUCUCAGGAUCCUUUUCGAGCAAACGGGGGGAUCUCUUAACUCUUCGGAGGGUCCCAGAGGAUCAUCUCCAGAGGAUUUCUCCCCCGCCCCCUUAUUUUUGAUGUUUUUUCCGGCGUGCAAAAUGUUCCUUUUCUUUUUUGCAAUUUAAUCAAGCCGUUUCAAAGAAGAGCAGAUCGUUACAGGCCGAAGAACUGCAACCCGGGGAGGAAAUAGGGCACCGAUGCCAUGGCGGACGACAGCGGCCUGUUGGCAAAGAUCGUGGAAAAUGGGAACGAAAUUUUGGAGGCUGAUGUGCAGGUCGACUGCAGCGCAGAGCCCAAUACCCUGCUGCAGAAGCUGAAGAGCACCAUCUCAAAGCCUGUCCAGAGCAAAGUCGACUCUAUCUUGCAAGAUGUCCAGAAGUUUUCAGACUACGCCAAACUUUAUCUGUACCUUCAGCUGCCUUCGGGACCGAGCUCAGGAGAAAAAAGCUUGGACCUCACUUCUCUCAAUUCAGCAGAACAGAUGCACGCCUGUACCUGGAUACGGAACCACCUGGAGGAGUAUCUCGACACCUGCUUGCCAAAACAAGACGUGUACGAUGCUUACAAGCGCUACUGCGACAACCUGUGCAGCCGCUCCCUGAGUGCAGCGAAUUUUGGCAAGAUCAUCAGGGAGAUCUUUCCGAACAUCAAAGCGAGAAGAUUGGGUGGACGUGGACAAUCCAAAUAUUGCUAUAGUGGGAUCCGUCGCAAAACAGUGGUCAACAUGCCUCCCCUGCCCAGCCUGGACCUGAAAGAAACAGAGACCCUGGAGCGAACGGAGACCACCAACCCCUACAACGACAAGGUGGUCGAGGCGGCUUGCGCCCUGACUUGUAACUGGGCCCAGAAGAUUCUCAAACGCUCCUUUGACAGCAUCGUGGAGGUGGCCCAGUUCCUCCUCCAGCAGCACCUCAUCAGCUCACGCUCAGCUCACGCCGACCUAGUCAUGGCCACCGUGGUCACAGAACAUCCCGAGAGCUCGUGGGGGAAGCGUCCUCCCCCAAAGAAAAGUGAGCCAGAAGCCGCAGAAAAUACAGCCAAAGCACAACCUCAGGCUAAACCAGACAACGCGCCCAAGCCCUCGGCUCCCUCCCCACGGAGCGAAGCCAAAAAGCCGGCAGACGUUCCUCCCAAAAAGGCCAGCAGCCCGCAGGUCAACGCCUUGGUGGCCCGUCUCCCUUUGCUGCUUCCCCGUGUGCAAGUCCAACCCAGGGACCACUUGGUAGUGUCUCCUGGGACGGCGACUGUCCACUCUCCCCACCCCAUCCUGGCUCCUAAACUUACCCCUCCAGUGGGGGGAACAGUCAAGAUGGCACUGUCCGUGGGGGCACCCUCCUCCACUUUGCUAGCCUCAGCUGUGAAUGGACCCACCACCUUGGUCAGCCAGCCGGCCGCUGUGCCAGUCAUCAACAUGGUGCCAGUUAUCAAUGUGGCGGUCCCACCCGCAGCCGAGAACCGGCUGAAGCCCAAAAGUAUCUCCAGUGGGGCCGGUGGAGCACCCAGUGUUGAAGCUGAGCGGAGCCCAUGUGAGCCGCAGAAAGUCAAGAGCCCCACCAAGCGGCCAGCAGACCGACUCAGAGAGGUGACGGCGAAGAGGAAGCGUGGUCGGCCACGGAAGAAGCCGGACGAGCCUCCCGUGCCAGAUAACAGCAUCCUCAGAAAAGAGCUGUCUAAAAGUAAGGAGGAUUCAGACCCCAUUGUGGUGCCUGCAGGUAUCGAAGACCCCCCUGCUGCUCCUGAAUCUGCUGCUCCGGAUUCUGCUGCUCCGAAUUCUUCCACCCAGAACUUGACAAAAGAGAGUUCCCAAGCGGAGGGCCCCCUGGGAUUUGAGGUCAAGAGACCGGUCCCCGAGCAGCCGAGGGAGGAAAGGCCGGCUGAGGCCAGGAACGUCAUUGUGGCUCCCCCCAGGAGGAUCUCGCCUUACCACCUCAGCGUCAUCCGAACCAGGAUGCCAAGUCCUCUCAUCCCGACGCCCUUUGGAUGGGGUUCACGGGAGUCCCCGCCAUUGGACCAGCCAGACAGGUACAGCUCCUUUGAUCCUGACCUGCAGCCCACGGAUCUUUCAAUGAAAUCUCGUUCCAGAGACUGUCCAACAGCCUCGGGCUUGUGGGCCCCGACAGGACGUUUGCAGCGGAUCGGCGCAGACUGUGAAAAGUCGGCGGAGGCUGCAGGCAGCUCAGAGGCCACAAGACAAGGCCCCAGCUGAUACCUUUCCCCAUUCCCCGUCCCUUGGGCCUGCUUCCCUUCCCAUUCCUCCCAAAGACAAACUGAACACCCGUGUAGAAAGAAAAUCCGGAAGAGCAUGAGCCUGCAAGGCGCUUCACCCAACCUCAUUUGAACAUUGAUGCUUCUCUUCCCCAAAGGUGGGAAACGCAAACGGGUGGGGGAGGGGGCUUUCAGAUAGGGUCCCCUUCUGCAAACAAGCAGUGAUGAGAGUCAAGAUAUGGGGAAGGAAAACAGCAGAGUUGUCUUGAUGAAAACAAGAGGCCGGUAUUUAAAAAUCCCCUUCUUGGCAUUCUUGUUACUAGAGGCAGAACGAGGAGGAGAAGUUUUCAUUCUUGGAUUUUGACAUUUGGGGGUUCUAUUUCACCUGGGAGGGGGCUAGUGGGGGGGGAGGGUGUUGUGGCAUUUCGUGUGGAAAUCCUGUGGACACCAGCAGCCUUUUGUGUUUAGAGACAAUCAUUUCACAGCCAACUUCCCAAAGAUUUUGCUCUCCUUCUCCUUUGCGGAGUUUCCAAGCUGAAGUUUUAAAAACUCAUUUCACGCUCAAUUUUGUUGGAAGCUUUUGCUUGCCCGUUUCUCUCUUCCUAACCCUCUCUUUUCCAUUGAUUGCUUUGCUUGUAAAUCCUGAAUAAAGUUAUACAGAGGGUUUUUGUUUUCUUAAAAAAGGACUCUAUUUCUUUUGUCAAGUUAGGACAAAAGCCCUGCUCUUGCUUGGCCUGGGAAGUUUGAGAAACCUCACGUCUCUGAUCAGGGCCCAACACCGAACUUAGAUCAGGGAACAGCUUCCCUCAAUUUCAGUCCUGGACUACAGCUUCCAUCCUCCCCGACCAGAGACAAAACAGGACUUUUGGGAACUUUUUCACCUGUGAAAGCGUUGGGGGUCCAGGAGAUGAAAAUACGCUUGUAUUCUUUACCAGCCCAGUUAGGGAGUGACCUUGAACUGGACUUGACUGAACUUGCAAGAUCUGGUUAGUGCAAGGAUGGGAGACCACAAGGAAAGCCAGGGAGUCAAAAUGAAAGACCUUCUGUGCCCUUGCCAAGAAAGCUACCUAAACUAGUCCACAAAGUCAAGACAACUCAGAGGCUUGGGAGUUGUGUUGUUGCGUCGGUCGCAAAGGCACUGCCUCCUUUUGACCACUAGGAGUCGCUGCGACACCAGCAGGUGAGUUCUGAGCCUUUGCUUUGGACGGUGGUGACCAUCCAGCCAUUCCUAAUUUGGACUGAGCCAUGGGACAAAAACAGGACGAAGCGACAAAAGAAAAAAAAAACGUGAUUGUAUUGUGUUUUGACACAACUCGGGCAGGGGCUAGAAGAGACGUGGGAUUUCCACCAGUGGGAGUUCAGGAUACGAAAAAGAAGUCAGCAAAACUCAAUAAAACUGAAUUCUCUCGAUUGAGGAGGCUCUGCCCUUUUGGUCUGUUCCUUGCCUGGUGUGUUCCUGGGGGAGCCAGUCCCACCCCCCAAGCAACUCUGCACAUGCCCGGGGAAUAGGAGAAAGUGUUUUUCAAAAAGCAACUCAAGGGUUUCCCCCCUUGAAAAUGUUUCACUUCUCAUCCGAGAAGCUUCUUCAGUUCUGAUCCUCAAAUGGAUUAUAAAAGAAAACCAGGUAGGGAUCAAACCAAGCCUCCCGUGAGGACAAGAGAGCUUCAGCCAGGCCUGGGGAAAUAAAAAACGCUUGGUCUUGUUUUAUUCCUGCUGCCAGGAAUUACAGAAUGGAACAAAGGCCAGAGGACUGCUGAAGUCAUCCAGAUCCAGCCAGGCUGGUGCGGCUUCCAGGCCUGCUUGGGACAUGAUGUGCUGGACAGACGCAUUCCAGACUCCUGAGUCAGGGCUGCUUGUCCUGCCAGAUUGAAGGUAAACAACCCUCGGAUUGGAUUCCUGCUUUGGCUGAUACCUGAACCCUGGAGUCGGGAGGGGGGGGGAGUGCAGGCAAGUUCCAACAUGCAGGAAAGACGCUUCUGGAAACCAGCAAGCUCAGAAGGACGCUGGCUAUUUUCCUCACCCGUCCCGGAGGCUGCAAAGCUGGGUUGCUGAUCAAAACCAGAUUUUUGUCCAUCUGAACCAAGUAGUGAGCAACUCUGGCCCCUUCAGGCGAUCUGUAGACUUCCAACUCCUAGAAUUGUGAGUUGGAGCCCAUCGGUCAUUAACAGCCUAGAGUGGCCCACCCUUGAAGUUUGCUGGACACCAAGCCAGCAGCCACCUGACUUUGAAGCUGCCCAGUCUUCAGAUAUUUUGCAGGAAAAGGGGGAUUUGAAUCACCCAGCUGAGCAGGAACAGCUGGAAUGUUGCCUCACCUCACCCCCAUGCAUGCACCUUUCCGAGGAAGAAUUAAUGAGUUGGAAAUUAUUCCUGCAACUUUUGCAAAAUCGGGCUUGAGAGACCGAUGGCAACUGCCCAAGGAGCAGAACUUGGGAUUGUGUAGAACGAUUGUGAAAGGGGCUGGAAGAUGAGAGAUCCUACAAUAACUAAUAGAGCUUCCGGCUUCCUAAGCAGUCUAUCUUGCUAAAGGGAUAAAUCAGUGCUGGUGUUUCCUGUUGGCUGCAGCUCAGCUCAUCCCCAACUUGUACUUUCCAACUGCAAAGGUGCAAGGAUACAGAUAGAAGGGAAAGUAUUUUCCCCAUCGUUUAUCUUGUUUGUUUCUCCGAAUCAGAGAUCUAUCUUCCCUUUCGUUAUAAAAUGUAAUAAAAAAAACCCUUUUGUUGCCUUAGCUGCCCUUACGCCAAGGCCAACUGUAUCUCA